CUGCCAGCGUCACUUUCUGAGCCGGUCAGUGGCGAGCCUCCACAUCUCAUUUUUCACUUUAUUCUCAGCAGUGCUUAACAUGUCCACCUUUAGCUUCAGAGCAGGAGGCAAACAUGGGCCUUCUGGGCACCUGUCCUUCACCAGAUCCACACCCCAGUAUCAUCAAGUCAGCGUUUAUGGUGGUGCUGGUGGAAGAGGUUCUCGCAUCUCCUCUGCACCUACCCUGCGCUCCAAUGCCCCAAUCGUCUCAUCCUCAUCUGCUUUCAAGGUGAGCAGCGGAAUGGGUGGUGGUAUGAGUGCAGGUUUGGGUGGAGGAGCUGCUGCAUCUGCAGGUGGCAAUUCCAUCCUGGGCAACGAGAAGGGACACAUGCAAAACCUGAAUGACCGCCUGGCCAACUACCUUGAGACGGUGAGGAACCUGGAGCAGGCCAACAAGGAGCUGGAGAUGAAGAUCAGGGAGGCCCUUGAGAAAGGAGGGCCCGACAUGAGAGACUACAGCAAGUACGAGCCCAUCAUAGAGGACCUUCGCAGACAGAUUUUCGACAAGAUUUCAGAAAAUGGUCGUUUGGUGCUCCAGAUCGACAAUGCCCGUCUGGCUGCUGAUGACUUCAAAGUGAAGUCCGACAAUGAGAUGGCAAUCCGCCAGUCUGUGGAGGCUGACAUUGGCGGCCUGAAGAAAGUCAUUGAUGAUACCAACAUGAGCAGGAUGAACAUUGAGAGUGAGAUUGAAGCUGUGAAGGAGGAGCUUGUUUUCCUCAAGAAGAACCACGAAAAUGAGGUGAUGGAAAUUAGGAAUCAGAUCUCCCAAUCAGGCGUACAAGUGGAUGUUGAUGCUCCCAAAGGUCAGGACUUGUCCCAGAUCAUGGAGGACAUGAGGGCAAACUAUGAGAAGAUGGCAGUGAAGAAUGCAGAGGACCUUAAACGGUGGCAUGAAAAUCAGAUUGCAGAUGUGCAGGUCCAGGUAUCACAAAACACAGAAGCUCUCCAGGGGGCACAGAUGGAGAAGAGUGACUUAUCCAGACAGAUCCAAACGCUGGAAAUCGAACUUGCAUCCCAGCAGAGCUUAAAAGCAUCUUUAGAAGACACCUUACGCAACACAGAGCUACGAAACAAUAUGGAAAUGGAGAAAUACAAUGCCAUCAUUAUGCGUCUGGAGGAGGAGCUGACUAACUUGCGUGCAAACAUCCAGCAACAGACCCAAGACUAUGAAGCGUUGCUCAACAUGAAGAUGAAGCUGGAGGCUGAGAUUGGCACAUACAAAAACCUACUGGAUGGAGGCGACUUCAAGUAAGAGUUAUUAAGGCUCCAGGAUGCACUCGAUGAGCUGGCCGCCGCAACCUAAUUUGGAACAACAUUUUGGGACCAUCCCAACAAUGAAGACAGAGCUGCCAACAACUCUCCAUCAAACAAAAAAAGCAAAAAACAACAAACAAACGUCAUGCCCUUUCCCAAUUAAACAAACCACAGUCACAUAUCUGGUACCACAUUGAUAAUGCAGAAAUUUCUGUAUAAGGGCAUUAAACCACACCAAAGUAAAUCCAGCAGGACUGUUUUGAAAGCAACCAUGUCCUCGCUUGACAGCAAAAUAAAAUUAAUAAAAAUAUUUGUUGACACAC